AUGCAGGGACUGGUUGAACUAGGAUACGACAUAGUCUCUACAGGAGGCAGUGCAUCUGCCCUGGACAAGGCAGGCGUUCCUGUUCGCCACGUCGAGGAUGUGACAGGAUUCCCUGAGAUGCUUGAUGGGCGCGUCAAGACCCUGCACCCAAAGGUGCAUGGCGGCAUCCUUGCUCGCAGGGAUGUGCCUUCCCACAUGGCAGCUCUGGAGGAACACAGCAUAGAUCUGAUCAACAUUGUCAUCGUAAACCUGUACCCCUUCCGUCAGACCGUCACUGCCGAGCAGAAACCUGCCUAUGAGGUGGCUGUGGAGAACAUCGACAUUGGCGGUCCCUCCAUGAUCCGCGCUGCAGCCAAGAACCACGCCCAUGUCUUGGUAGUUGUGGAGCCCGCCGAUUACCCUUCUGUCCUCGAGGCCCUGCGGAAUGGGAAGGCGGAUGCCGCUCUGCGUCGCCACCUGGCAUGGAAGGCUUUCCAGCACACGGCCACUUAUGAUGCCACUGUCGCCGAAUGGUUCUGGGGAGAGAUAGGGUCUGGGCCAGCCCCCGAGCGCUGCGUGCCCAUGAAGCUGGGCGCCACCUUGCGCUACGGCGAGAACCCCCACCAGACCGCUGCCUUCUACACCGACGUUUCCCUGGGCGAACACGGCCGAGGCGGCGUGGCCACCUCCCUGCAGCAUCAUGGCAAGGAGCUGAGCUACAACAACUACCUGGAUGCCGACGCGGCCUACCUGGCCGUGUGCGACAUCGUCGACCCGGCAUGCGUCAUCGUCAAGCACACCAAUCCCUGUGGCGUGGCUGCCCGCGAGGACCUGCUGGAGGCAUACCGCCUGGCCGUACGCGCCGACCCCACCAGCGCCUUUGGUGGCAUCGUGGCCUUCAACCGCACCGUGGACGAGGCUCUGGCGCGGGAGAUCAGGGAGUUCCGAAGCCCCGCCGACAACGAGACCCGCAUGUUCUAUGAGAUCGUAAUUGCACCGGGGUACACCCCAGAGGGCCUGGCUGUGCUCAAGGGUAAGAGCAAGGCCCUGCGAAUCCUGGAGGCUGCACCCAGGGCCCCCUCUGGGGACUCUUUGCGCCAGGUUGCCGCUGGGUGGCUGCAGCAGGAUGCCGACAGCCUUGUGCCCAGCCAGAUCGACUUCAAGGUCGUGUCGGAGGCACAGCCCACCCCGCAGCAGCUGGAGGACAUCAAGUUUGCCUGGCAGUGCGUGAAGCAUGUGAAGUCGAAUGCCAUCACGGUGGCCAAGGACAGGCGCCUGCUGGGCAUGGGAAGCGGACAGCCAAACCGGGUCAAGUCUGUUCAAAUUGCUCUGGAGAAGGCAGCGGAGGAGGUCAAGGGAUCUGUGCUUGCAAGCGAUGCCUUCUUCCCUUUCAGCUGGAACGACUCGGUGGAGAUUGCGUGCAAGGCUGGUGUCAGCGCUAUAGUGCACCCAGGUGGCAGCCUCCGGGACCAGGAUGCCAUCGAUUGCUGCAAUAAGUACGGCGUCGUGCUCCUGACGACGGGUGUGCGUCACUUCAAGCACUGA